CUCCUUACAAUGGGGACGGCUGGAGAAAAGACAGGUUGCUCGACCGUCCGUAUUUCUGGGUCGAGCUCGCUCCACUCUGAACGGCUGACAACCUACACCAUGACGGGAGAGACUUUGGAUGGUCGACCGGUGUACAAAUCAUCCCGUGGUGACUACCUGUUCUACUACCGAUCGGAUGGUGAUUGGCAUGUUGGUCCUGUUUUGGGGACUAACAGAAUAUCUAUGUUUGUGGAAGACAACAGCAUGUACGCCGAGGACAUCACUGGGACCUGGCGUCUGUACGACGGCGUCUUUUUUUUCCUCGAAACAGGAGCAUCCGAGUCACUUGCGCCGCCGGUCCAAGCAUAGGAGUCAUCGUUGGCGUUGUGGUCGGACUUGAUGCGGCUGUGGUGCUGCUCAUAGUCGUUUGCUGCUACUGCAAGAAGAAGAAGAGUGCACCCCCUGCAACUACACAGAACAACCAGCCUGUGGGUACCACCAACCCCACCUUUCAGCCAGCACCAUAUGUACCACAGCCAUUCUCACCACCUCAGUACCCACCGCCUUACGUGGCUGGUGGUCAGCCUGUAUGUACCACCAACCCCAACCUUCAGCCUGCACCAUAUGUUCAACCGCCAUUCUCCCAACCUCAGUACCCACCGCCUUACGUGGCUGGUGGUCAGCCUGUAUGUACCACCAACCCCAACCUUCAGCCUGCACCAUAUGUGCAACCACCAUUCUCACCACCUCACUAUAAGGCUUAGGUCACAUUUCCAAACCGGGGACCGGUCAAGCAGCUUUCGGGAGCAAAAAGAAUGAUAUUAAAUACAUCAAAAUACACAA